AUGGGCUCAACAGAGAAAAAGCAGCUCAUAAUUAACGCGUUUGCAAUGCACUCGCCGAGCCACCUGAAUCCAGGAUUAUUCCGAUACCCUAAAGACAAAGGCGCCGACUACAAAAACAUCAAGCAUUGGAUGGCAUUAGCCCAGAAGCUCGAAAAGGCCAAAUUCCAUGCGAUAUUCUUCGCCGAUGUCCUCGGUGGCUAUGAUGUCUACCGAGGCCCCGCGAAUCUAGACCCAACCAUUCCAGCCGGCGCCCAGUUCCCAAUAAAUGACCCCCUAUACAGCAUUCCAGCCAUGGCAGCCGUGACAGAAAGCAUCGGAUUCGGAGUGACCGCAUCAACAACCUAUGACGCCCCUUAUGCACUCGCGCGCCGAUUCUCAACCGUCGACCACCUCAGCAAUGGACGAAUCGGCUGGAACAUUGUUACCUCGUACCUGGAUUCCGCGGCCCGGAACUUUGGUCUAGAUACACAGGUGGAGCAUGAUGAACGUUAUCGCAUUGCCGACGAAUACCUCGAUGUCACCUACAAGCUCUGGGAGGCGUCUUGGAGGGAUGAUGCUGUGGAGUGGAAUCAGAGUGAUGCGACGCCCGAUGGUGCGAUCGAGGGUCAACGGUAUGCGGAUCCUCGUGGCGUGCGCCAGAUCAAUCAUAAGGGGAAAUAUUUCCAGGUUUCAGGCCCUCAUCUCUGUGAGCCUAGUCCCCAGCGUACGCCCUUCAUUUUGCAGGCUGGAACUUCAACUGCGGGCAAAGCAUUUGCGGCGAAGCAUGCCGAGGCGGUAUUCUUGCAUGCACAGAAACCCGAGCUAGUACGUCCGUCUGUGGAUAGUAUCCGUCAACAGGCUGCUGAGCUGUGUCGCGAUCCUCGAGAAAUUAAGGUUGUGGCUGGAGCUCUGGUCGUCGUUGCGGAGACAGAUGAGGCGGCUCACGCCAAGUUCGAUAACUUCAAGAAGUAUGGGGACACGGAAGGUGCGCUGGCUUUGUUUGGUGGAUGGACUGGAUAUGAUCUCUCGACCUAUGCUGAGGAUCAAGACUUCCGAUUUGUGGAGCAGCCUGCAGUGCGUAGCAUGGUCAACCACUGGGCGAGCACUGUGCCUGGCACAGAGGGAAAGAAGUGGGAUAAGAAAACUAUCGCUGAAUAUCUCACCCUGGGUGGGAAUGGAGUCAAGAUCAUCGGCAGCGUGCAGACAGUCGCUGAUGAGCUGGAACGAUGGGUUGACGUUGGCGAUGUCGAUGGCUUCAACUUGAGCUAUGCAACUCUCGAUGAGACAUUCGAUGAUAUUAUCGAUUUGCUUCUUCCAGAGCUCCAGAGGCGUGGGCUGUUCUGGUCUGACUAUGUUGUCAAGGGUGGAACGUUCCGAGAGAACAUGUAUGGAAAAAAGGGACAGUCAAGACUCCCUGAUGCUCACCCAGGAGCCAAGUACUUCUGGAAGAAGGGUCAAGAAGUGCCUCCGUACUCAUUGACAGAGUCACAAUAA